AUGGCAGCAUCUGAUUUUUCAUCCAAGAGUUUACCCGUGCUUUCGGAAUUGGAUGAUUUUGAAAUUUAUAUGCAAGGCUAUUCUUCUAAAGGUGCCCUAUUGACUGGUUCGUUUGAUCCGUUCAAUACAGCAACUCAUUUAAACAGUAAUCACAACAAUAAUAAUGGGAGUGGUGAUCAGGAUGGAUCUAAUUGCUUUUUGCAAUAUUCAAAAUUUGAAAAACCAAAAACAAGACCAUUGCCACUUCCAAAACAUGAAACGUUAAAAUUUAUUGAUAUCGGUCUGCAAUUUACGACACUCCUCACACAUUCCAACAAGGUGUAUUUAUUUGGAGACUUUCCAUAUGGAUCACGAUCACUAGAGGUAGACAAUCCAAAGACUGGAAAGGUGUUAAAAGUAAGACUGAAUCAUAGUGACACUCAGGUUAAUUUGGUCGACAGUUUUCCAGUAGAGCCAGUAGAAAUGUUAUGUGGGGAGCAAUUCGUUUCAGUGAGAGAUUGUAUAGAUCGUAUUUGGUAUUGUGGUAUUGCUAACUUUGGUACAGGCUCAUCUGAAUCAUUUUACUGCUUUGUGGACCUACGACUUAGAGAGGCCAUUGACGGUCAAUCAGACUCUGGCGAUUUUUUAAACAGAAAAAUUACUCACUUUCGAGUUGGUGGAAGACAUAUUUGUGUCUGUAUUGAUAAUCAUACUAUUUAUUCAAUUGGAGCCAAUUAUUAUGGCCAACUUUGUAAUGAUCAAAAUGAUACCUACGCAUCUGUUGGUGAUACUUUACAGAACAUUCAAGAAUACAAAUUUGUACGAGCUCUGUGGAAUAGAACAAAACAAUAUAGAGUAAUGGAUAUAGGUUGUUCUGGUAAUAUGACAUGCGUCGUUACAACAUGUGGUCGAAUUUUCAAAACUAGCAAUGUAAGCUCCUCGUUUUCUUCUGAAAAUGGCACCUUGAAUGAAAUUAAUAUCAAUGGCCUUCCACUCGCAGUGUCUGGAACUUGGACACAUAUCUUGAUUCAUACAAAUAAUGAACAAGUUGUGAAAUUAUCAGACUCUCAUCAAAUUGAAGAUGUUACACCAAUUUCUUUCAAGUAUAAUUGCCCUCCAACAGAGCUAAGGUUUUCAAAAGGAACCAACUCUAAUGGAGAAUAUUAUUUACAUACUUCUGAUACUCUUUAUAACUCGACUGGAAAUCAAGUGUUAAAAACAAGUUUACCAAUUUACUUUUGCAAAGUAACGAGCGAAAUAACAAUGAUUUUGUGUGGCAGUGGAAAAUCAGGAAAGAAAGUUCGAGAAUUCUUGAAAAAUUUAUAUCACUGCAAAGGUUUGCAUGAUGUUACGGUAAUUGCUCAAUCAACAGAGUGGAUAUAA